AUGAUCAGCAAAAAUUGUAAAGUCUUUGCGAUUGCACUUUUGGACCCAUGGUUGCAAUGCUUGUUGCAUAUCCUAUCCUCCUCAUUCAUCAUCUACAUCAUAUAUCACUCAACAAAUUAUUUGAUCAGAAAAAGAUUAUUUGACACAUUAGGCAACGUCGGUUAUAUUGGUGACGAUGUCCAUUAUAGUACUGGCAACUACGGAUUCAAUGGUGGAAACAACGACAAUGGUAGUAAUAACGUUAGUGAUGGUAGAAAUGAAAAACUUGGUUACCCGGAAGAAGGUGGCCACAAAAUUAAAAAAGUGGAACACAAUGUCGUCAAAGGGGAUAAUGAUGUAGAAGCAGAUUAUCACGACAUUUCUAACUUCUGUGUCUGCAAGUUGACUGAAGAUUCUUCACCCGGCUCAUUUUUGUGUCUCUACGAGCAGAAAGAUGUUUCGAGAUCGGGUACUUUUUACAAGUACAGACAAUUUUUCAAGCCACAAAAUAGAGUGAGUGUUUUAAGAGACGAUCAGUUAUACGUUGAAGGAGCUGUGUUGAGGUUUCCAGAGCUCAAAUCAUCGUUACCCUCCUUCCCAUCUUCUUCAUCCUCCUCACCAUCACCAAAAUCAUCUGCACCUAAGUUACCCCCAUCCAAAGUAUCCACAUCCAAGCAGCCAGCCAUUGUCCAGAUGACGUGCUUCGUGUAUCCCAGAGGCAAGUAA